CACUCACUGCUCCACUGCAAAGAGAGAGUGUGUCUGCCCGUGUCUCUGUCAUUCUGUGUGUGUGUGUGUGUGUGUGUUGGUGUGUGAGAGAGACAGUGUCAGCGUCUGUUUCAGCUUUAGCUGUAGACCAUGAGCUUUUAUUACAGGGGCAGAGACACAGAAAGUUUGUGGAACGUUGAGUAAGUGUUUUUUGUGUGCUUGUGUGAGAGACAGUAUUUGUUUGUGCUUGUUUGUGUGUUUGUUUAUUUUGUUUGUGUGUGUGUGUGUGUGUGUGUGUAAUUGAGAAAAAGAGAACACAGACUCAGAAGCGCAGUGGUCAGGGUCAGUCUCGGGCCCUUGUUUGUAUGUGUGAGGGACAGGAUGUGUGUGCCAGCGUGUCUUGUGUCAUGAGUGGGGAGCUCCAUGGACCUGCAGGUGCCCAUACUGAAAGGCUUCUUGGCUGAGGUCGCCUGUAAGGAGGCUGGGCAGGAGGCAGAAAACAGCUACAAUGGGGAGUUCGCAAGGCUGAAGCGUCAGUCUACUAAGAUUCGAACGGACAGGAUCUUCCCCACCAAAGCAGCAGAGAAACAAGAGAAUGUGAAGAAGAACCGCUAUAAAGACAUCGUUCCAUUUGACCAUAGCAGAGUCAGAAUAACCCUCAACGUCUCCAAUGGAGACAGUGACUAUAUCAAUGCCAGCUUCAUCAAGGGAGUGUCAGGACAUAAGGCAUAUAUUGCCACACAAGGCCCAUUGCCACACACUGUACUGGACUAUUGGCGAAUGCUCUGGCAAUAUGAAAUACAGGUUGUAGUGAUGGCAUGUCGGGAAUUUGAAAUGGGAAGGAAAAAGUGUGAGCGCUACUGGCCUGCUAACAUUGAGGACCUGUUUGUUUGCGAGCCGUUCAUUGUGAAAUGCGUAUCAGAGGAAAAUAAAGGGGAUUAUAUCACACGGGUAUUAAAUGUCACCUAUCAGUCUGCCAGCCGCACAAUCAGGCAACUGCACUACAUGAACUGGCCGGACCACGGCGUCCCUGAUUCCAUCCCCCCCAUUCUGGAGCUGCUACAAGAGAUGCGAGGCUACCAGGACCAUGAAGACAUACCCAUCUGCAUACACUGCAGUGCUGGGUGUGGAAGAACAGGAGCAUUGUGUGCAAUAGACUACACCUGGAACCUACUGAAAAGACAGUGUAUCCCGGAGAACUUCAGCAUCUAUGACCUGGUGCAGGACAUGCGCACUCAGAGGCCCUCGGUGGUCCAGACCAAGGAGCAAUAUGCGCUGGUUUACAGGGCUGUCCAGUUCCUGUUUGAGAACCACCUGGAAGCUCUAGAGUCCUCCUGCAGCCCAGAGCCGGAGGAGGUCAAUUUGCCUCCAUCCCCAAUCACCCCUGACUUCAGUAGUGACCUAUCAGACCUCAGUGAGACAGAGGUGGAACCUCAUAUAGAGCCUGAACCAAGACUCAUGCAGCCUGUGUUGUGCACGGACACCCCGGUGACGGCGAGCCUCCUCUGGCAGACGGAGCCGGAAGUGAUGCCAGCGUCCGCGCCGCGCCGCCCUGAGGACAUCCUCCGCGCCAUGCCCGUCAGGCCUCCCCGGAGGCCCCGCUCGCCAACGCUGGACGGGCACGACGCCCAGAGCAUCAGCCAAACACACACACCACCGAGCGGCAACACGCACGCCCCUAGCAACCAAACAGCAAGCAUCGCACGUCCACAACUCCCACACCGCAGACACUCGAGUGCGACAGACGACAACACACACACACACACACACACACACCAUGCGGCGCCGUGCCAAGACAUCACGCAUGCACAAAUCCACCUCCACGACUCACCCACGCAGCAGGCGGUGCACGUCACACACACAACGCCUAUCCUCCAAAUCCCGCUCAUCCAACAGCUCACACACACUCAACAGCUCACACACGUCGCUCACACCGCGCUCACACCACACAUGGCGUACGUCCCUCCUGCCGAGCCGAUGUCCCCUCGCUGCACCGAUCUGUGUGUGACGGUGGAGGACCCCUACUUCAGCCCCAUGGUGUCCCCGACGGGAGGGGAGAGCCUGGCGAUCGCCGGCCACUGCUCCAGGCCACCGCUGCUCACAGUCAACGAGCAAGCACCGCAGCACUGCUCACAGCCACACACAGCUGCUGUGGCAGCCCCUGCCUCUGAGGACGAGGACGCUCCUCGCCUACCUGAGCGCACACCUGAGUCCUUCAUACUCGUCCCUAAAGAAGAAGUCCAGUUUCUCAACACUCCCACACCCACACCCACUGGAGGACCUCCGUCCCCCGGACCCCCCCUCCCGGAACGCACCCCAGAGUCCUUCCAGCUGCUCUCCCCUGAUGAGAUGGCAAUGAUCCUGAGCCAGGUAAAGCACACAGACUCUGUGGGCAAGAUCGGCCAGUCUUCUGAGUGGUCAGGUGACACAAACACCUCAUCUGCUGUCAAGAGAUCAUGGUCCAGAAGCAAGAGCUUAAAGGUCCGAAUGUCUCUUCCAGCUCCACCUCCGGUCCCAACAGCAUCCGCUCCCAUUGCUAGCCCUACCUACAGACCUCAAGAAUCGCCCAGAAGCCUCACUCCCCCCUUGCCAGAAAGGACACCUGAGUCUUUUGUUGUGCCCACAGAUGAUGAGGUAUCAAGGCUAACCAAGACAUUAUUGGCCGUCCAACCCAGCAAUACACCAGGCAGCCCCCCCUCUCCAGCGCCCCCCCUCCCCGAGCGCACCGCAGAGUCCUUCGAGCUGCCCUGGGCCGAUGCUCUGUCAGUGCCAGGCUAUAUGAGCACCAGUCUGCCUGAGCACAACCGGCGCUCAAUGCUGUGCCUCCGUGAGGUCCGCGGGGACGGCCAGCGGCCCGCGCGCUGCACCAGCGCCAUCUUCCUGCCCGAUAGCAGCAGCAGGAGCCUGUCCCUGCCGCGCGACAGCGCCCCCUGGCCCACCGGAGGUCCACUGCUCACCCUGUCCGUGGCUACCGCCCCCUGCUGUACGCCUGGAGAAGUGCAGCUGCAGCAGUGUUUGGCCCAGUGCAACAGCAGCGACGCCCCCCUGUGCCCACAGCAGCCAGCGGCGCUCUCUGGCUCCCCCCUCAGGAUGGCGGAGGCAUCGCCGCCUCUGCAGCGUGUGGGAUGCUCGUCUGAAUGGGCCGGGCCCUCUCAAUCCAAAGUGCAGGAUCCUUUCACCAACAGAAGCAAGAGUGUGAAGGUGAAGAGUUCAAAACCAGCGCCGUUGUCAGUUAUUGCACCUGAUGUGGCCAUCUCACCAGCGGCUGAAGGAGCCCCCGCUAUGGGAGCCUCGGCCAUACCACCAACUCAGCAGGGUGCUGCAGCCUCAGAGAACGCCAGGACGGAAGAAGGUUCCGGAAAGGUUAUGACCAGGAAGAAGAGCUGGAAGAGGUUCAUUGGCAAAAAUAAAGAGAAAUCAGCCCCCCCUCCAACUGAACUCCCCCCUCCAUCACAACCACCUCCAGCUCAACUGCCACCUCCAUACUCAGCCAUUGCAGGGCUCCGACUGGUGUUUGGGAAUCGUCUCAGGAGGCCCAAGGGCCCGAGGACCCGCCCUGAGUCCUGGGUGUAGGAGGGGCUGAACGGGCGAGCAAGACGCAGACAAGGAUGACCAAGAUGAAGAUGAAGAGGAAGAGGAAGAGGAGAGAAACAUGACGGCUGCCUCUCCUCCAUCAGGCCCGAGGGUUAUACCACGAAGCAAGGCUCCUGGCUUACCCAGGUCACUUCAGGAGUGACCACUGAUGUCAAAACAAUACAUACAUGUAGCAUUUGUUUUGGAGAUCGUGACUGGGAGAAGCCAGUAACCUUGCUUCGUUGUUCGGCCUUGUGGCUUUCUCGUUCUGAUGCUUCUCCCGCCGCCCGACCCUAACUGACCUCUCCGCCUCCGUCCACUCAUCCCUGUAGCCUCAGGGCAGUUUGCCCUAAAUGCUGACUGGAUGCUAGCCUGGCUAGCGCCUUCCACUUCUCAAAUGAGACGUGGUCUGGCAACCAAACGUUCAUUUUCUCGUAUUUGAAAAAAAUGCAACGAUCCGUUCAUUGGGCGCCACGGAUGUCUUUCAAAUGCGUCUGUUCAUAGCUCAUCAUCGUCUUGCUUCCCCCCCCUGUUCUGUGAUUGGUCCCCUAUCUCAGGCAAAAAUUAGGGCGGUAGUUUCCAGACUGCCUUAGCAGCGUGAAUGAAAUUGAGCGCAAGGCAGCAUGGGAACACCCAGGCUAACUGGACGCAGGACUGGAGAGCACAUCUGUUGGGUUGCACUGAAGUUCCAGUUUGCUCUGGUCAGUGCCACCCAAGCUGGUAUAGGAGCCAUGCCAGUCCGCAAUGAACGAUUGUGCAUCAAAUGGAUGUUUGUUGAAGAUAUAGUCUAGACUCGUAGGUACUUUGUUAACGGCGUGCAUGCUUUGAGACAUGUUAAAUAUUGUAGUGUUUGACAAAAAAAUAGUUCUGACAAGAGUCUGACAAGUCACUGUACUUUGUUAUGGGGAAACCAUUUUGAGACAAAAGGAUGUUGUAUGCUGGUGAUGACAAAGGCAUCUCUAGUGUGGUUAUUGCUUUAGGCUGAUGACAAACGAGCAUCUCUGCACUUUUAUGGUUUGAUCACUGUCCCACUGUCCCACAUCUCCCUAACCCAACCACAAACUUUUCUUUAACUGUUUAUGUUCAUUUGUAUUCCCAUCACUGAAAUGGGAUCAGUAUGUAGGCAUCAGAUGGCAUACAGAACGGUAGCAUUGAAAUUAAUCUGUAUUAGUGUGGGCAUUCUGUGUUGGGGGGGUUCAGUGGGAUGUGGGUGUGAUGGAAGAUUUGAAACGGAUGUAAACCAGUGGACGGCUGAUGACCCAGGUCAGCCCUCUGCUCCAGCUCAGGCUGAAUGAAUGCCACAGGUGCACACACCUUUACCUUUACUGUACCUUAUAUGGUCACCAGCCUUCAGAAAACAGCAGCACUAUGAACAAAGGAGGGACUAGGUUUAAUCUCAGGUAUCCAAUUGUGCAAAUGCAUACCUGGACAUAUCAUGUAAGUUAUAUUUGCCAUAAGAAGUGUAUUCUUUUUUUUUGUUCUUUGCAAAUAAAAUGCGGAAGGAAACUGUAAGAGAAAUGUAUGGU